CUUACUACGCAAAGUUUGACAUUUAAAUUUUUUCUAAAAAGAAAUUUCUUUCUGUACUUCUUCGAACCUUCGUGAGGCAAGUUAAGAAUCAUUCAACAGAAGUAUGCGACAUGGAUUUUUCACAAGCUUUGCGCUUGAUGAUUUCUUCCUAACUGUCACUUCGGUGGAGAUUUCUAACUCUUUGAAAAACCACGAUGCACUCAGAGAAAAUGGCGGGUAGCAGAGAAAGUUACUACGCAAUACCCCUGAGAUCUACACGCAGCGAUAAUUUGCCUUCUCAGUUUAAAAAGUUAUUUGGGAUAAUAGUUGUGGUCUUCUAUCUUCUUCCCGUGGUUUCUGCAAAGCCGACGCCGGGUCAGCAAAGUCCUUGCGAACCAACCCAACACUGGGUUGAAGACGAAGAUGGGUCACACCAGUGUAUAAAUUGUGGAAAUUGCCCGCCGGGACAAGGUCUCUCAAUAGAGUGUGGCAGUUCUAAACUAUUACCUUUUAAAACCAUGGUGGUCUGCGUGCCAUGUAUCGCAGGAGUUUCAUUUUCCAGAUAUAAAGAUUCUUCCAAAUGCAUUCCUUGUGCAUCCUGCUCCAAAGGUCAGGUUGUGGAACAAAGCUGCUUGCCAGAGUGGGAUGUUAAGUGCACAAAUAAAUGCUCCAGCAAGGAAAGGUAUUAUGAUCUGGACAUGGGGGAUUGUCUCAAGUGCUCAAGAUGCUGUGGCGAUGAUAGAGAUGUGGUGGUAAAUGAGUGCAAAGAGAAGUUGGGAGACGGCUCAAACAUGAUUUGUUCAUUUGACAGCAGUGUCAACCGCUGUGACCAAACAACACCUCAACCAACACCCAUCAUCAGCCAUGUUGACCCCAAACAUGAUGUUCCUUAUACCACUCAAAAAAGUAAUCAUUCCAUUCAAGCUAAGGAUCAGGACUAUUUGGCAGCAAUCGUUAUUACAGUGGUGAUAAUAGUUGUUUUGGCUUUUUGCCUUUGUUGGUUCUUUUGUAUGAGGAGACUGACGCAGAUGUGUAAUACUAUUGUUGAGGAGGAAGACCAUCACAGUUCACCAGCGAUGGAGGGAAAGUUAACUUCUAACCAUAAAGAACAAUCUGACGACUCAUGCGGAAACCUAAGGGAAACUGACACGUCGAAUAAGGUUGGAAAAGCUCUGACAGAUUCGGAGGAACCCUUGCUGUGUUCGGAGGAGGGUGUUCUGGAAAACUUGGAGGACGCUCAAACCAGUAAAGCAGAAGAUUCGAAGCUACUUAGCAGCUUGUUGGAGUGUGAGUCUUACCGGUACCUAAAGAAAGUCUGUGUGCGUUUGGACACAACCACGGCAGGCGCUGGUGACUAUCGUGAUGUCUGUUUUCACUAUGGCAUUAAUCGUUAUGAGAUUGCCUCAGUGUAUGAGAAACACAGCGAUGGGCCAUCCAGAGCUCUAAUCGAUCACUUGGCAGCUACACAUGUACAGCUAACAGUGGCUGACUUUGUGGGUGUGGUAAGGAAUGUAGCAGAGAGAGACGAUGUUGCUAAAGUUCUAGAGGAAUAUGAUUCGCAGAAGGAAUGAGUGACAAGGGUUUUUUUUUUUUGGAGAAACUUACUCCCGUUAUUUUAGGUAGUUGCAAGUAUUUUGUAAAAUCGUUUCAUCUUGUUAAAUUUUUGAGAGUUAGGUUAUAAUCGGCAUGACAUAACUUUCAUCCAUGGUUUGCUAAAAAUUUGAAUACGAGAGCUGUCUACAUUCUAUAUACGCAAGCUACAAAUGAAAAAGUUCCAGUA